AUGGCUGCUAUAGAAUCACUUGAUAAAGAUCUUGUACUGAUAAUUAUAGCAUCCACUGUCAACAGCUCUGUUAAAGAGUUGAAGGAUCUUACAGGCCAAUCAACCGUUGAAUUGAGCUUAGAUGCAUUUUUGACAAAAAUGAAUGAAUUGAUUGUGGACUAUAGUGAAGCAUUCAGCCUGACUCCCAUAGAUGCUAAGGUAGAUAAAUUAGCAUUGAUUGCGUUAAUAAGAGAAAGAAAAUUUGCAGAUUUUGUUGAAGUAUCAGGCGACAUAUUAAAAAUCGAAACAAAUGCUAAAGCAUUUCAAGCCAUAUUGAGCAAUAUAGCAGUGACAUCUACAUUGAACUAUGCCAAGCUCCUUAUUAAGAAUAUUGAUGACUUAGGAAUUAUAUAUAGAAGCUCUAUGGAUAAAGCAGGUGCGGUAGAGUCAGAAGAAGGUGAACAUGAUAAUUCUCUGCAAGAUACCACCAAUAUAGAGAAGUAUACCAUAGAAGAAGAAAUCGGAAGUGGGGAAGUUCAAGAGGAUACUGAAAUCAAUCAAGAAGCAACGCAAGAAGUUGAAUCUGAAAAGGCCGAAGAGCAAGAUAUAGAAGCGGAAGAUGUCCAAGAAGAAGAUAAAAUUGGACUAGACGUAGAAGCAGACCAUGACCAUAAUGAACAGGAUGUUGAAGACAUAGAAGAGCACAAGAAUGAAUUGGAUAAAGAACAAACAGAAAACAUAGGACUUGGAGAGCAAGGAGACAGCAUAGAGAAAGAACAAGCUGAAAACGAAGAUGAAAAUCCAAACGAACCACAAGACAAACAAGAACAAGAAGAAAAGGAAGAAAAACAAGAAGAAGGAAAAGCAAAGGAAACGGAAGAGAAGGAAGAAAAAGAAGUAGAAGCAAAAGAAGAGGAAGAACGAGAAGAACACGAAGAAGGACAAGAAGAGCAAAAAGAACAAGAACAAGAAGAACAAGAAGAGCAAGAAGAACAAGAAGAGCAAAACGAACAAGAAGAGCAAAACGAACAAGAAGAGCAAAACGAACAAGAAGAGCAAAACGAACAAGAAGANGAACAAGAAGAGCAAAACGAACAAGAAGAGCAAAACGAACAAGAAGAGCAAAACGAACAAGAAGAGCAAAACGAACAAGAAGAAGAUCAAGAAAAGCAUGAUGAUCAACAUGAAAAAGAAGAAGAGAAAUUGGAGCUGAACUUGGAAGAGAAACAAGAUCAACAGGAAAAUAAAGAUGCAAAGAAAGAUAAAGGUGAACAAGGCAAUGCUACCCCAGUUGAUUCGAAAAAUAAUCUUCAAACCCCCGAACCUAAAUUACCUGAUGGUACUAAAGAAGAAUUACGUUCUCAGUCAUCUAGAAAGCGUUCACGGUCAUUAUCAGUAUCCACUCCUCAGCAACACAAAAGGUUCCAACACAUUGCUGUUAAUUUGAUAAAUAACAUACAGGCCCAUAGAUUUUCAUCUCCUUUCUUGCAAGCAGUUAAUACCAAAGAGGCACCAGAUUAUCAUGAGGUAAUUUAUGAACCAAAGGACUUGAAAAACAUUUUGAAAUCCAUUAAGCUGAAGAACGAUCCUCCAGAAUAUCAACUGAUCAAACAAUUAAAAAGAGAUAUUAUGCUAAUGUUAGCUAAUUGUAUUAUGUAUAAUAAGUCUGACACAGAUUUAGUUCAAUUAACCAAAAGCAUGAAAAAUGACGUGAAUAAUAUAUUCAAAUUAUUCGAAGAGGCUGAACUGGAUACUAAAUAA